UGUAUAUAAGUGAAAAUAGAUCCGCUGAAAACCCUAGCCUGUCUCAUCUCACUCCCCGCCGCUUGUUGACGACAGAAUCGCUUCAGUCUUUCGGAGCUAGAAUCCAUAAUCUCUCAAGAUGCAGAACGAAGAGGGUCAGAUCACCGAGCUUUACAUCCCGAGGAAAUGCUCUGCAACGAACAGGUUGAUCACCUCGAAGGACCAUGCCUCUGUCCAAAUCAACAUUGGUCAUCUCGAUGCCGAUGGCAUCUACACUGGCCAGUUCACCACUUUUGCUCUCUGCGGUUUCGUCCGUGCUCAGGGUGAUGCUGACAGCGCCAUCGACAGGCUGUGGCAGAAGAAGAAGGUCGAAACCCGACAGCAGUGAUUGUGACUUCUGGUGUUUUCAUCGUAGGUUGUCUUACGAAGAAAUGAGUUUUUUUUUUUGUUCUAAUCAAACUUAAUAUUUCUGUCAAGUACUGAAGCCUGUCUUGAUUUUGUUUCGCUGAGAUAAUGCAUGCCAUGGUUUCUGAACUCUA